GGUGUCCCGGCGGUUCCUCUCAGGUUGGGGGUUCCCCGCUCCCGCCCUGUGACGGGGCGGUGCCGCUGCUGUGGCGGCCCCGAGGCGGUGGCGGUGGCGGCGGCGUCGCGGGAUGUUGGGGCUGCUGUUGGGGCUGGCGCUGCUGCUCGCCGCGGGCCCGCCCGGGGUGCCGGGAGCCCUGGAGCCCCGGCAGGCGUGGCUGCUGCUGGCCGGGACCCCGGGGAAAGCCCCGGGGCUGGAGGAGCCGCCGAGGGAGGCGCGGGGCCCGCUGCGAGGAGCGUCGAAGGAGAGGGUGAAGCUGUGCGGGAAGGCCGGGGAAGGGCGCGAGGAAGAGGAGGAAAGCCGUGAAGGCAACAGACGGGCUCGGGGCCAGCGUCGUGUGGAAGCAGCCUUCCACUGCCAGACACGGGGGAGCGUCUCCGUGCAGCAGAGAGCACGGCAGGAGCUGCGGCACUACUACAUUCCAGAGACAAAGGGGAUGUUUCACCGUGGCCUGGGGCUGAACCUGACCAGCAGGCGGUACACGGCCCCUGUUGCGGGGUUCUACACUUUCAGGGCCACGCUGCGCAUCGGUGAGCCCUCGGGCAAACCAGCAACCCCCCCUGGGGCAGCUCUUGCCCUCCCCUCUGUCCCAGUGCGCAGAGAGCGGCGGAGGAAGGGGCAGCUCUGCCAGGGGAAGGGUCUGCGGGUGCUGAUCUGCGUCCAGUCCCGCUGCCAGCAGAACAGCAGUUUGGAGACCGUGUCCCAGCUGGAGAGCGGUGGUGACCUUUUCACUGUCUCUGUCACCGGAGUCCUUUACCUGCAGGCCGGGCAGUAUGCCUCUGUUUUUGUGGACAACGCUGCAGACUCUCCCCUCACUGUUCAAAGCGGCUCUGAUUUCAGCGCCGUUCUCCUGGGGGUGUGAAGAGGCACUGGGUACCACGCGGGGAACUGACCCUGUGCCAGACGUGGCUGCGCCCUGCCCUCUGCCAGCCAGCGUCACCCCUCCCUGCUCCGCACCAAGGCAAGACCUUUCCGUGCCACGGGAGCUGCAGGCUGGUCCGAUACUGCUUGUGCCGCAGAACCAUCUGAAGCUGGACAAAAGAUUGCAGAGGGAAGGCUAAUAAUAACAAUAAAAAAAGAAG